GCUCGAGGAAGGCUCCAGCACCGCCACCGCCACCCGAAGCCGAGAAGACUUGAGCCAUGGGGCAGGCCGGCCAGCAGCGUACCAGGCAGAAGAAGCUCAGCGGCGGCAACAAGAAGGUGCCGUCGGUCAAGAAGACCAUCGCCAAGCCUUGCAAGCUAAAGAAGCAGAUCGUGCCAGGCUCAGUGCUGAUUCUGCUGGCGGGGAAGUUCCGAGGAAGGCGCGUGGUCUUUCUGAAGCAGCUGGACAGCGGUCUGCUGCUCGUCACAGGCCCCUACUGCCUGAACGGUGUGCCGCUGAAGCGCGUGAACCAGCGGUACUGCAUCGGCACCAGCACCAAGGUGGAGCUGGGGGGCGCUGACUUUAAGUCGGUGAGCGACAAAGACUUCGCGCGGGAGAAGAGCAAAAAGGGCCCCAAGACCCAGGAGCACUUCUUUGCGACGGAGCCGCCCAAGAAGGAGCUGCCACAGGCAAAGAAGGACGCCCAGAAGAAGCUGGACGAGUCGAUUGUGAAGGGCCUUGGCGACGAUCUGAAGAGCUACCUGAAGUCUCGCUUCUCCCUUUCGGCUCAGAUGUACCCCCAUGAGCUCAAGUUCUGAGAUCGAUCACAUCACAUCA